CCUGCCUCGGCCUCCCAAAAUGUUGGGAUUACAGGCCUGAGCCACUGCGCCUGGCCAACCUAGUUUUUUUAAAUGCCAUGUCUAUGUCUCAGAGCACUGGAAACACCUAUUGUUUAUUUCUAUUUUUUUGUUGUUGUUGUUGUUUUUGUUUUUUGUUUUUUGUUUGGCUUACUUACUAGUGAUAUAGUAGUUUUAGGAAUUGUUACUUCUUAUAAUUUUUUUAAGGCAAAUCAUGAGAGUAGACUUAUAUUCUGACUUGUUAAUCACCAAUUAUGUUUUUUUCUUAGGGGAAGUGAGUUUUCCAAAACUUGGUUUAAAAGUGAGCUUUAAUAUUACAGCUCAUAAGUUUAGGGACUUUUGAAUAUGUAAGUUGGAUAUUUUCUGCUUCUUAAAAUAGUUUUCAGAUAAUGAUAUUGUGAAAAUUUUUUGAUAUCUCUAAGUUUUAAAAUAAUUAAUAAACUGUUUCAGAGUCCUCUAAUGUUACUGGGAGUAACUAAAUAAUUUUAUGGUAUUUUUAAAUAGGUUACAGAAGUAUGCAUAUUCCGUAAGAGAUUCAAAACUGAGAGAUAUCUUAAAAGAUGGUGCCGCUUAUCAUCAUGCUGGUAUGGAGCUGUCAGAUAGAAAAGUAGUUGAGGGAGCUUUUACUGUUGGAGAUUUACCAGUUCUUUUUACUACCAGUACUUUAGCUAUGGGAGUAAAUUUGCCUGCUCACCUAGUAGUUAUAAAAUCUACAAUGCAUUAUGCUGGAGGACUGUUUGAAGAGUACAGUGAAACAGAUAUUCUACAGAUGAUUGGUAGAGCUGGUCGACCUCAAUUUGACACUACAGCUACUGCAGUUAUCAUGACUCGAUUAAGCACAAGAGACAAGUACAUUCAGAUGUUAGCUUGUAGAGACACUGUAGAAAGCAGUUUGCACAGACAUCUUAUUGAGCAUUUAAAUGCAGAGAUAGUACUGCAUACCAUCACGGAUGUGAAUAUUGCUUUGGAAUGGAUACGAUCAACUUUGCUUUAUAUCAGAGCCUUGAAAAAUCCAUCUCAUUAUGGUUUUGCAUCUGGAUUGAACAAAGAUGGAAUUGAAGCAAAAUUACAAGAAUUAUGUUUGAAGAAUCUGAAUGAUUUAUCAUCCCUGGACUUAAUAAAGAUGGAUGAAGCUGUUAAUUUCAAACCAACUGAAGCAGGAAGAUUGAUGGCUUGGUAUUAUAUUACAUUUGAGACAGUGAAGAAAUUUUAUACAAUCAGUGGAAAAGAAACCUUAUCAGAUCUGGUUACAUUGAUAGCCGGCUGCAAGGAAUUUCUAGAUAUACAGUUAAGGAUAAAUGAAAAGAAAACACUGAAUACUUUGAACAAAGAUCCCCAUCGGAUAACUAUCAGAUUUCCAAUGGAAGGAAGAAUUAAAACAAGAGAAAUGAAAGUAAAUUGUCUUAUUCAGGCUCAACUAGGAUGCAUUCCCAUACAAGAUUUUGCUUUGACGCAAGAUAUCGCAAAGAUUUUCAGACAUGGCUCCCGAAUUACAAGAUGGUUGUCAGAUUUUGUAGCUGCUCAAGAAAAGAAGUUCACCGUACUAUUGAAUAGUUUGAUUUUAGCUAAAUGUUUUAGGUGUAAACUUUGGGAAAACUCUCUGCAUGUAUCCAAACAACUGGAAAAAAUUGGUAUAACAUUGUCAAAUGCAAUCGUAAAUGCUGGUUUGACUUCCUUUAAAAAAAUAGAAGAAACAGAUGCAAGGGAACUUGAAUUGAUUUUAAAUAGACAUCCCCCCUUUGGAACCCAGAUAAAAGAAACUGUGAUGUAUCUACCAAAAUAUGAACUUAAAGUGGAACAGAUUACAAGAUAUAGUGAUACAACGGCAGAAAUAUUAGUGACUGUUAUAUUAAGAAACUUUGAACAGCUACAAACUAAAAGAACAGCAUCGGAUUCUCACUGUGUUACCUUAAUCGUAGGUGAUGCAGAUAAUCAGGUAGUUUAUCUGCACAAGAUUAUGGAUUCUGUUUUGCUAAAAGCUGGAAAUUGGGCUAAAAAGAUUGCUGUGAAGAGAGCUCUUAAAUCUGAAGAUCUUAGCAUAAAUCUAAUAAGUUCUGAAUUUGUUGGGCUUGAUGUUCAGCAGAAAUUUACAGUCUUUUACUUAGAACCCAAGAGGUUUGGAAAUCAAAUGACUAUGCAAAGCAAAUCUGAAACACAGAUUUCCCAUUCUAAACUUUCAGAUAGAUCUACAGUAGCAGGACCUAAUAAAGGAAUGACUGCCAGCAAAAAACCUGGGAACCGAGAAUGCAAUCAUCCUUGUAAAAGUAAACAUACAUGUGGACAUGACUGCUGUAAAAUUGGAGUUGCACAGAAGUCAGAAAUUAAAGAGUCAACAAUUUCUUCAUAUUUAUCUGAUUUAAGAAACAGGAACGCUGUUUCAUCUGUUCCUCCAGUUAAACGUCUGAAGAUACAGAUGAAUAAAUCUCAAAGUGUGACCUUAAAGAGUUGGUUUCUUACUCCAAAACCUUCCCUUCCUAGUAUAUCAAGGUCAGAAUAUUUAAACAUAUCUGAAUUACCUAUAAUGGAGCAGUGGGAUCAGCCUGAAAUCUAUGGAAAAGUUAGACAAGAACCAUCUGAAUAUCAAGACAAAGAAGUUUUGAAUGUGAACUUUGAAUUGGAUAAAGUUCGAGAUGAUUUUGAUGAAAUGGUCCAGGACAAUCUCCAUGAUGUGGGGUCAUUAGGCACAAUUUUGUAUAUCACUGGACAACUACUGUUCCCUACCUCGAGUUUAAAUGUCAUUGGAUACUCUUCAUUCAGCUGUGUCUUGGCAUUUUGUUUCAAAAUGUUAUCUCUUCACAUAGGAUUUGGAAACACUUUGAGUUCAAGUACCAGGGGAAGUAAGCUACCCCUUCAAGAGUCAAAGAGCAAAUUCCAAAGAGAAAUGUCAAACAGUUUUGUUUCAUCACAUGAGAUGUCAGAUACUUCUUUAUCAAAUUCUGCUAUGCCCAGGUUCAGUGCAUCCUCCAUGACAAAAUUACCUCAACAAGCCAGAAAUGCAGUUCUAGACCAUUUUCAAGAAAAACUACAAAAUCUGUCACCAGAGAUUGAGAAGCUAUGCUUUACUUGCUCUGAAAAAAAAAAAACAAAUUCUUCAAAUUAUAAAAAAGUGGAUUUUUUAAUUAGAAACAGUGAAUGUAAAAAGGAAGUUGAUUUCAGUAUGUAUCAUCCUGAUGAUGAAGCUGAUGAAAUGAAGUCUUUAUUGGGAAUAUUUGAUGGUAUUUUCUAAAACAAACAAAUACUUUUUAUAUUAAUAAGAGAAAGAAUAAAGACACCUAAUCACAAAGCACGCUUUUUAUUUUUAAAAGGUAGUUCAUAAUUAUUCAGAGUUUUUUCUCCUGAAUUUGAUUAGCUUUGUUCA